GCGCCGGCGUGGGGCUGCCGCACGUGGGAGGGUUCAGGCGGAGCUCGCUGCCGCCGCCGCUCUUGCCUCUUCUGCUAGGCCGCCGCGCGGCUUCCCGGCGUCCCGAAUCCCUCACCCCCAAAGCGGAGGACAGCGCGCCCUCAGCCGCCGUCGCCUUUCGGCGCUCCCAUGAUCGCCCAGUGCUUUUCGGCUGUGCGAAGCCUCCACAGAAUUGGUGGUUCCAGGAUUUUAUUCAGAAUGACUUUAGGAAAAGAAGUGAUGUCUUCUCUUCAGGCAAUGUCUUCCUAUACUGCAGCUGGCAGAAAUGUUUUAAGAUGGGAUCUUUCACCAGAGCAAAUUAAAACAAGAACUGAGGAGCUUGUUGCACAGACCAAACAGGUGUACGAUGCUAUUGCAAUGCUUGACAUUGAGGAAGUAACUUACAAGAACUGUUUGCAGGCACUGGCAGAUGUAGAAGUGAAGUAUAUAGUGGAACGAACCAUGCUAGACUUUCCCCAGCAUGUCUCCUCUGACAAAGAAGUACGAGCAGCAAGUACAGAAGCAGACAAAAGACUUUCUCGUUUUGAUAUCGAGAUGAGCAUGAGAGAAGAUAUCUUUCUGAGAAUUGUUCAUUUAAAGGAAACGUGUGAUCUGGGAAAGAUAAAGCCUGAAGCCAGACGAUACUUGGAAAAAUCAGUGAAAAUGGGAAAAAGGAACGGGCUCCAUCUUCCAGAACGAGUACAAAAUGAAAUUAAAGCAAUGAAGAAAAGAAUGAGUGAACUAUGUAUUGACUUUAACAAAAACCUCAAUGAGGAUGAUACCUUCCUUGAAUUUUCCAAGGCUGAACUUGGUGCUCUUCCUGAUGAUUUCAUUGACAGUUUGGAAAAGACAGAUGAUGACAAGUAUAAAAUUACCUUAAAAUAUCCACACUAUUUUCCUGUCAUGAAGAAAUGUUGUAUCCCUGAAACCAGAAGGAAGAUGGAAAUGGCUUUUAAUACAAGAUGCAAAGAGGAAAACACCAUAAUCCUGCAUCAGCUACUCCCACUGCGGGCCAAAGUAGCCAAACUGCUCGGCUAUAGCACACAUGCUGACUUUGUCCUUGAAAUGAAUACUGCGAAGAGUACAAGCCACGUAACAGCCUUUCUAGAUGAUUUAAGCCAGAAAUUAAAACCCUUGGGUGAAGCAGAACGAGAGUUUAUUUUGAAUUUGAAGAAAAAGGAAUGUGAAGAGAGAGGUCUUGAAUACGAUGGGAAAAUCAAUGCCUGGGAUCUAUAUUACUACAUGACUCAGACAGAAGAACUCAAGUACUCUGUAGACCAAGAGAUCCUCAAGGAAUACUUCCCAAUUGAAGUGGUCACUGAAGGCUUACUGAACAUCUACCAGGAGCUGUUGGGACUUUCAUUUGAGCAAGUGACAGAUGCUCAUGUUUGGCAUAAAAGUGUUACACUUUACACUGUGAAGGAUAAAGCUACGGGAGAAGUAUUAGGACAGUUCUACUUGGACCUCUAUCCAAGGGAAGGAAAGUAUAACCACGCAGCCUGCUUCGGUCUCCAGCCCGGCUGCCUCCUGCCUGAUGGGAGCCGCAUGAUAUCUGUGGCUGCCCUCGUGGUGAACUUCUCACAGCCACUAGCAGGUCGUCCCUCUCUCCUGAGACACGAUGAGGUGAGGACUUACUUCCAUGAAUUUGGUCACGUCAUGCAUCAGAUUUGUGCACAGACCGACUUUGCACGAUUUAGUGGAACAAAUGUGGAAACUGACUUCGUAGAGGUGCCAUCACAAAUGCUUGAAAAUUGGGUGUGGGAUGCUGAUUCCCUCCGAAGACUGUCAAAACAUUAUAAAGAUGGAAGCCCUAUUACAGAUGAUCUGCUUGAAAAACUUGUGGCUUCUAGACUGGUCAACACAGGUCUCCUGACCUUACGCCAGAUUGUUUUGAGCAAAGUUGAUCAGUCUCUCCAUACCAACACUUCGCUGGAUGCUGCAAGUGAAUAUGCCAAAUACUGCACAGAAAUUUUAGGCGUUGCAGCUACUCCAGGCACAAAUAUGCCAGCAACUUUUGGACAUUUGGCGGGGGGAUAUGAUGGCCAAUAUUACGGAUAUCUUUGGAGUGAAGUAUUUUCCAUGGACAUGUUUUACAGCUGUUUUAAAGAAGAAGGGAUAAUGAAUCCAGAGGUUGGAAUGAAAUACAGAAACCUAAUCCUGAAACCUGGGGGAUCUAUGGACGGCAUGGACAUGCUCCAGAAUUUCUUGAAACGUGAGCCAAACCAAAAAGCGUUCCUAAUGAGUAGAGGCCUGCAUGCUCCGUAAACUGGGGAUCUUUGGGAGCAGUCCAUGUCUGGAGGACAAGCUGACAUCAUCUUGUAUUACUGGCCUGGAAACUGAAAGGAGUUUUGCAAAUGAAAAUGUAGAUUUCUACUGACUUCCUUUUGUUUUUUGAUUUGAAAAAUUAUACAGAUGUAAAUGGAAUUAUAAAUACUGUGACCUAAGAAAAGACCCAUUAGAAAAUAAUUGUACUAUAAAAUUUCAUAAAAAUGGAUUUGAUUUCAUUUUUAUAAAAGUUUCAUAUGAAUGUAA